AUGGCGGCGCUGAGGGCCGCGCUGCUGGCGCCGCUGCUGGCGCUGAGCCGGGCCGGGCCGGGGCCGGCGCCCGCCGCCCGCGUCGAGGUGGCGCUGGCGGGGCCGGGGGCCGGGAACGGGGCCGGGGCCGGGGCCGGGGAGGCUGCGGGGCCCGGCGGCUCCUACACGCUGCGCGGGGCCCUGCUGGGCGGCCGGGGCGAGCCGCGGGAGGAGGUGAUCGGCGGGCGGCUGGUGCUGGUGGGAGAUGAGGAGCCCAAACUCGGCGCUGAAGACAGCUGGAUCGGCGUGGUGCCCGUGGGCGAGGAGCCGGCCGAAGGUCCCCGCGGCGCCAAGGAGGAGUCCUUCACUGCCGCCGUGGUCAGCAAGAUGAAGCGAGCCCUGGUGCUUGGGGCAUCAGCCCUGCUCAUCCUGGCGCUGAACCAGAACGCCAUCCGAGAGCUGGAUGUCUCCCAGCUCCUCGCCAAGCCCAUCAUCGUGAUCCAGUCCUCGGACAACGUCACCAGGCUGCUGGGAGCACUGCUGCGGGGUCUCAGAGCUACAGCCAAGAUCACAUACCAGGCAGUGCUGCUGGAGAACCUGGGGGUGACGCUCACCCUGUGGUCCACCUGCGGCCUCUCCCGAGGGGGCCUCUACGGGGAGUGGCAGGGUGUCAUCUGCACCGGGGAGAACAGCUCGCAGGUCCAGAAGUACCUCCAGCAGCUCUGGAACACCAUCCUGCUCAUUGCUCUGCUCCUCUGCACGGGGGUGAUCGUGCAGGCGCAGCGGCAGUCGCGGCAAGACCUGUCGGAGCGGGAUGCCGAGCUGGACCUGAAGCAGCACAUUCGGCGGCGGCUGUCGGCCCUGAAGACGCGGCGGUACCAUCCCGGCAAGGCGCUGCAGAGCCGGGCCUGUGAGAUAGAUAGCUGCGCCGUGUGCCUGGACCAGUUCUGCAAGAGCCAGUGGCUGCGGGUGCUGCCGUGUGCCCACGAGUUUCACCGGGACUGCGUGGACCCCUGGCUCCUCCUGCAGCAGACCUGCCCCCUCUGCAAGCACAACAUCCUGGGGAACUGCUGUGGAGAGAGCUAGCCAGCCCGGCGGACGUGCCCCGGGGAUGGACUCGUGGCUGCUCCGGGAAGAACGGGGGAGAGGGGCCGGGGCGGGCGCUGGGCGAGCUGUGCUCGGUGCUGGCACGGGCUCAGCGUGGCCGUGCCCUUCGCAGCACCCUGGCAGCACGGGGCAGCGCCUGGCCCUUAGGAGAGUGAAGGAUUUGGGGGCUCUCCCUGCCUGGCGUGAGUAGAGGGGUGGGGGGCAUGGCUGGGCAUAGCCCAGAUGGCCACUGUGGGGGGCUGGGGGAACGGGCACUGGGGAAGGCACCCGGGGGUGUAAAUGGGGAGGGGACAUCGGGGGAGGUCUGCAGGCCCUGAAGGGGAGGGCGCAGGCCCAGCUGCUCCCUCUCCCUGCUCGUAGUCAUUUUUCUAAGUCUCUUUUUUUAUUUCCCCCUGGCCAUGGCAGGGCACGGCUGGGAGCAGGCCUGCACCUGGGACGCGUUGGGUGACAGCUCCGCCACAGCCAAGGGACAGGGACGGAGGUGGCAGGGCUGCGCGGGGACCUGCCGCUCGUGGCAGGGGGGCGAGAGGGGGGAAACGCCUUAUUUAUACUAACUUAUUAGAAAGGACGGCACGAGUUAGCUGCAGAGACUGAACACGGGGUGUGCUGCGGGGUCCGGGGACUCGCCGUGAGCCCCACGUGGCUCCAGCUCCUCCUGGCAGCCGCAGCACUGCCCACGUCCGUCCCUAUUAAACACAGCUAGGAGAG